AUGCAUCAGGAUCUAGGUUGGCUUUGUUACAAUCGAAGCACUACCCCGCCUGCAGUUUCCCUGGCGUUUAUGCAGGCUAGCCCUAAAGUUCCAAAGGGCAGGGAUCAGCUUCGAGUCAAUUCAAUCUUAAACAGGGCAAUUCGGUACAUUGACCCUGUCAUCGUAAGGUUGGAUAGGGAAAAUGAAGAAAUCCUACAAACGCAUGGGACAGCAAUGGUGGAAGCGUGUCGACACACUACCUACACUCACUGCUCCUUGCACGGAACUUGA